UGUGUGGCUGCAGGAUGAAGAUGAGCUGUGAGAGCAGGCUGCGAAGUGUUUAAAAAUACAAACAAACCUGAAAACUGACAGUUUUGCUUGAGCGGAAAUGAAGACGGUGUUUGUAACCGUCGGCACCACGAGCUUCGAUGAGCUCAUUGACAGCAUCACGCGCCCAGAGGCCGUGCAGGCUUUAAAGGCUUGUGGAUAUGAGCGUUUUGUUCUUCAGGUUGGAAAAGGAUCUCUUCUUCCGGCUGCUGACAGCUGUCCACCUGUGCAGCUGGAGGCUUAUCGAUUCAAAGACUCUAUCGCAGAAGACAUGAAGCAGGCCGACCUCGUCGUCAGCCACGCAGGCGCAGGAAGUUGUUUGGAGGCGCUCGGUGCAGGGAAGCCUCUGCUGGUCGUCGUCAAUGACAAGUUGAUGAACAACCACCAGCUGGAGAUGGCCCAGCAGCUGCACAAGGACUCCCACUUGUUGUACUGCACAUGCAGCACCCUGACAGAAACACUGAGGACGAUGGAUCUCUCUGUUCUUCGGCCGUUCUUACCCGGACAGCCAAAGAUUUUUGCAAACUUUUUAGACAAAGCUCUCGGCAUUCAGUGAAACUUUCCUUUCACUGCCUGAUUUCUGUUACAAGUUGAUGAUUUUAAGAAUAUAAUGUAAUAUUAUCAUACUUGGUGACAUUAAUUAUUAUACUGCACACAACAGUUUGAGUGUUCAAUUUUUUUGUAUGCAAUAAUAUUAAUAAUAUAUGACUAAUUACAGAUCCUAAUGUGUGCUGUGAAUUAUUUGUGUUUAUUCAUUUAAAAAAAAAAAAAAAAAAAGUUUUACGAAGGUGAAAGAAAAACAAAAAUGUCACCAGAUGUUUUAGUCCAAUGACAGACAGCAGGGCAGAGAGUCGAAGUCACGGCGGCACUUUGAGAAACAAAUGGUUCAGUGUUCAUCCUGAUCAGAGUGUGGAAGUAAGUAAGUGACUGUGCUGUUGAUACAUUUUAUAAUUAAUUUUUCAUAUAAUCAAGUUGAAGUGACAACCCCAGCAAGGCAAGUUUAGUUAUAUAACACAAUUCAGCAACAAGGCAAUUCAAAGUGCUCUACAUAAAUUAUCAAAAGCAUCAAGAUGAAGUGCAAGAGAAACACAUUAUAAAGGGACAUUUAAAUGCAUUUAAAACGAAAUUAAAGAGCUAGAGAAUAGAAAAUUUAAAAAAUGCUAAAAAAAAAUUAAAAUUAGAGUACAGUGCAAGAAAUGAAUAAAUAUUUGACUUAAAAGGCAGUGGAAAAGAGAAAAGUCUUAAGCCUUGGUUUUAAAAGAACGUAGAGUUGCAGCGGGGCUGCUGCAGAUAUGUGGGGCAUAAAAACAAAAUGCUGCUUCCCCCUGACAGACAAGUCAAUACAUUUUGCCGAUUCGUAAAUCUGGCAACACAGUAUGAAAAAAUGAUGCUUAAUGCAAGAUGCCUACUUUAGACAAAACAAUGUAUAACAUUAAUUUCAUGAAGAUGCACCACAGAUCCCAUUUUUGGCAUUAAGUUAAAGUGGCAGCUAUUACUAAGAAUAGCCUUUAAUAAGAGUUUUCAUCAGGAAUUAUUUCUGAUCACUCUCUAAGUCGACAGUCGACGGUUCUUCUUGAUUUGUAUCAAGAAAACUAAAAAGAAGGAAAGCUCAUGACGUCGGUGACAGUGUGCCAGUUCUGUUGAGGUUAUUGGGGCGGACACAGCAAAUCACACCAAAGGCAAAGGCAAGGAACGUUUUUUUAGAGCAAAAUUGUCAUAGUCAAGUCAAAGUUCAUUGUAGCCUAAUCACAAAACAUGCCCAAAGGUCUGAACAGAUAGUAUUUUCAGUUUAAUUUCAAUUUUAAUUUGACCUAUAAACUCCAAUAUCACAAAUCACAAUAAGCCUAUUAAUCCAUCAUAUCUUUGUUGUUUCAACUUAAAUUGAAAAAAUCCCUUCACCAGAUUAUCUUAUAUAUAUCUUUUUAGUUUCCUUGGUUUGUAAGUGGCACGUUUAUUUAUUUAUUUAUUUAUUUACUGUCUGCUGUGUAUUUGUGUGUCUUGAGAAGACUCAGCUCUUCCCAAGAGGACAGACAUUUUGACGUAGACCAAACCGUUAGUCUGUUUGUGAUCCUGCGUCGCUCUGACUCUUUUGUUUGCUUUUUUGUCAGUGUAAACAUACAAACUGGGGCUUUUUUUAGGAUUUGAGGACAUUAUGGGCUCAGC